AGCUACGGAAGAAUGCGACCUUUCAUGGGCCUUGUCACCGUCUUUCUCUUGCUACAUAACGAUCUAAUUCAUCCUAGUUUUGUAGUUUAAUCCCAUGGGAAUCGUCAUUAGCAGGUACCGCUCGCGCGCCGCCAUUCGCCGGCGGGAGCUGCUCGCCAAGGCGGCGGCGCUGGAGGAGGAGCUGAAGGAGGCGCGGCGGGCGCGGGAGCACGACGCGAGGGCCUUCGCGGCGAAGGAGGCGGAGUGGGAGGCUGAGCGGCGGGAGCAGGCGGAGGAAGCGGGCCGGCUCCGGAGGCGCCUCGAGGCGGCGGAGGAGGCGGCCGCCGCCAGCAGCGGCGCCGACGACCACUACUUCGUCGUCGAGCAGAUGAGGGAGGAGCAGGCGCGCCGCGAGGAGGCGGUCGAGAAGUGGAAGCAGCUCUACCUUGCCAUCAAAACCGAGCUCGACGAUCUCAUUCGAAGAACUCGACCAGGGGGAAGGCUAUACAAGCAAGCAGAAGAGGAAGAAGGCAUGAUAGAGCACCUGCAGAAGGAGCUCAAGGCAAAGGAAGCUGCGAUCGAGACACUGACAUCGCGCGCCAAAGUGAUGGAACAAGAGGUUUCGAAAAGGGAUCGGGAGAUCGAUAUCCUGAGGCAGAGUUUGAGAAUUUUGAGCGAUAAAAGGAGGAGCCGAAGCGGAAAGAACCGACUCAGAUACUUGUACUCAUGAUGAGGAAGCUCAGUGCUGUAGUGAAAGAUGUUGAAUUCAAAAGUACUGAUUCACGGAAAGGAAAUGAAGAAUAUAUAGUAGGCAUUAUUUAUAUAUAUAAGAAUUAUUGUAAAUUUGAUAUGCUAUCAAAUGUAGCUUGUUAAAAUCAAAAUUUGUAGAUGAAUAAAAAACAAAGCUACUAGUAUAUUUGUUAGCUA